AUGGGAAACAUAUUGUUUCGUCGUAAAAAAAUUAUAACUGAAGAACUGCAGAAAUUGCAUGAACGACAUCAACUUUUAGAGGAACAAAUUCGAAAUAAUAUAUCAAGCAAGCAUUCGAUUCAGUGCUUUUCCACACUUGUUUUAUUAGCUUGUAUGACAGUAUCCAUUGGGAUAUCUCUUUUUCGUGCCAGAGAUAGUGCUCAGUGUAUAUUGUAUUCAUUAAUCAGUUUUUUCGCAGGUAUGGUGGUUUUAUACAGCACGCGAUUCAUCACUGAAAAAUUUUUUAAUUGGUGUAUCCAAAAGAAAAGAGACGCUUGUUAUGAAAUCGUAAAAAAAAAGCAUGAAAUUCUCGAAAGAGUGAAAGAAACAGAGACAUUUAAGGUAGCAAAAGAAAUUUUAGACGAGUUUGGUGAAUCAGCAUAUCAUCCACCGGCUUCAAGUAAUAUGAGUAAAAUAAAUCCUGCGAAUGAAGUUACUUCAGUCCAACAUAUAUCUUCCAGUGAUAGUGCUCCAUAUCGAUUUAAUUCUUCACUGAAUCAGCUUCGAAAAAGAACCAAUGCACAAUCUAUCGACUCAAAAACUGAAGUAGUUAAUCCAAUGAAAAUGCCUCCACGACCUUUCGUUAGGCAAAGCCGAUCUGUUAUCGAAAAAUUUGUUGAUUUUGUAUUUGGAGAUGGGCCGAAUAAUAGAUACGCUUUAAUAUGUUCGCAUUGCUAUGAACACAAUGGGAUGUCCAGGGAGGAAGAAUUUGAUUAUAUGUCAUAUCGUUGUUGGGUCUGUGGUGAAUUUAAUCCUGCUCGUCGACAACGUCGCUCUAUUUUUGUACCACAUAUAGAAAGAAAAAAUUCGAAUCAGUCGCGAGAUUCUCUUGGAAAAUCUCGAUUUAAUGUUGCUGAUGUAAUCGAUACAAAUUGUGCUAAAGAUUCUUUGGUAGAAAAAUUGGAGAAUGAUAUUCCUACCAGUGGUGAAGAAAAGAUGCUAAAUUCGCAUGGUGGCGAUUCACAUGAGGAGGAAAUAAGUUAA